GGCGAGGAAGGCUUGGGCUAAGGAUGGAUUGAAACCGGGCUGCCUGUAAGUGCGCAGAGAGACCUUUGUCAUCCACGCUGCCAAAAGGAGCACCUGGUACACCCUAUAGGCGUGCCUUGUGUUUCACGUGUUUUCAUUUCCUGUUUGUGUCAUCCCAAAAAGCAGGGACGGAGCAAAUGGGACUGGUUCCCACUGUUGCUGGGUGAAGGCGGCUGUAUUGAUGUCAUCUUUUUUUCACCCCAAGUUUGGCUUUUCCCAUGCUUUUCCCGUAGCUGCUGCAUUGGGUGUCCCCAGGAGGGCUGGGUUCCUCAGCAGGGGUCUUAGGAGUUGCUAUGGAUUCUGAUUUUUCUGAAGCUGUAUGGAAGUGUGCUAGCGAAUCAGCUCUUUUCUCUCCUGAAAAGCUUUCCAUCUAUGUCCACCCGUGCGUCUCUGUGUUUUAAUCACGUAGCCGGACGCGCUGAGGUUCUUACUUUCUAAGCCAAAAGCUGAAGCAGAUGACCGUUUGCUUUGUGUGUGUGAGGAGUGGCAUUUGUGCUGGAGAGCUGCGGUUGGGAACAAAAGAUGGACUUAAUGUGCUCUGGGGACGGGCACGGGAGGAAACGCACAGAAAGGCAAGGCAGUGAUGAUUGCGGAGGAGAAAUGAGAGGUGGUUGCUUCCGAUCCGUGGGGACUUUCCUUGGGAGUGAUCGAUCAGAGAGCGUAUGGAAGUAGAGAGCAUCUUCUGGCUGCUUCUGUUCUGUAAACUUCUCCCUGGCUUCACAGGUCCAUGCUGGAGAGUGGGAGAAGGGUCCCUGCUGGCUGCCGUGUCCUGGGUGGGCACAGAGCUCUGACCUUGGCCAGAUGGGCUGGUUUCCGGGUGUUUUGAUCCUGACGUCGCCAAAGCCUCAGGCUUCUCUCCCUGGGCCCUUGCCGUUGCCGUAUCUCUUGGAUGCCGUGCAGAACGGAAUCAGGCAGCCAAGCCUCAGGUUCACCUUCUCCCUCACCCUCUGCGCUGCUCGUGUGGCACAGCAGAUCCUGAAGCCAGAGGAGCACGUGUACAUAAGGGUAAAGAGAUUCCUUCUGUCACACCGGUAUUUGGACCUGAGGAAGGUACCAGGUUUUCUCCAGCUUUUCUACAGUUUUGAUUUUGAGUACAAAACAGCACGAGUGGAUCCUCAGAUUUCUUGGGGAAGGGCUGCGUGACAAACAUUGCUGUGAGCUCUAUGUCUACCAGAGGAUUUUCCGGGUCAUUCUUUCCUUUCUCAGCAGUCCUUUGUGUGACCAGGGCUCCCAGAGUCCUAUUCUGGAGAUACGACAGAGUGCUGCCCGUGUCACCUCUAGAGCUGCCCAUGAGCCGAUAGAGGAUCACAGCCUCCUCUCGUGGGUCCUGCACGGCUUAGAGAAAAGGUAACCAGCCAAGUACGGGAGACAUGGGGACAAUUUCCUGUCCACGGCUGAAGAAUGACGUGGCUGAGGAUGAAAGCAAGGGGGACAGACCUGGAGACGGGGCACCGAGGGCUGCACUGGCAGAACUUGCUGAACGCUGAGGUGUCCCUUGUGUUUUUGAGAAGAGAAUCAAGAGGCUUUCAGGUGGUGGUGGGAGGGACGAUGGUGGGGGGGCUGUGUGAUUUGGGAAUCACUUCCUUGACAAAGCAAAAGGACACCUUGUGCUGGUGUCUUUAGCUUUGAAAUUUCAAGCAGCCUCAGUUCCCAUCCUGUCACAGGACCUGCUGCACAGGAAGUGGCACAGUAAGGGAUUUGAGCUGUCUAGAACGUUACUUCUCCUCCCCUUGCCUCUCCCUGACAAAAAAAAUCUCUUCUGCAAGCACAGAGUGCCCUGACAGGUUCAGGCAAGUGCACCAAAAGUGCCCUAGAAUAUGGUCCCCCGUAGGAGAUGGACCAGCUGCUGGUGAGGAUCUGCCUUUCAAAUGUGGUUUUCUUUUCUUUUUUUUCUUUUUGUUCUGUUUCAUUUUGUUUUUCAGGUUUCUGGAGAACCAGGUGAUAAAUAAAAUGAUUUCCUUACUCCAUCCUUUGUGGCUAAUAAAUUUAGGAGACAAGAGAGAAAACAGGAAUCGAUCCCAGAUGCUGCUGUUGAGAUGGGUAUAUGAUCUACCUGUAUAUAGAUAUAUGCGUAUCUAUCUAUAUCUGUGUAGUGAUAAUAAUGGGAGUUUUUAUGAUACGUUGCUUUACUGUCUUAUAUUUUUAAUAAAGUGCGAUUUUAAGUUAUUAGGUAUAACAUUUUAUUCUGCUUAUUGGCUAAAGUAACAUUUUCUUGUAUUUUAUUGGUAUCAAGUCAUGUUAAUCAUUAAUUGGUAAGAGUUUAUAAUGAAUUAUUAAGGUGUGAAUAUUGUUCAUUAAGGUACGUCUUUUUUUUACUGUAGGUAUUUUCAUGUGUUCGUAUGGGUUUUUAUGUUAAUGAUUUUGGGUUUUUGUGUUAUGAAUAUAUUAGUAUUUUAUUAGGGUUUUUUUGGUUAGUUUACUUGUUUGGUGUGUAGAUCACUCCUGUUAAGUAUGUUUAUCUAUAUAUGUUUUAAAAUGUAAGUUAUAAAUCUACUUGUUAAGGAUUUUUGUAGAGUUCUAUGUAAAAAUUUAAAUCGGUAGGGGAGAUAAAAAGCAGUAAUUAUUAAUAAGAUGAGUAUUUUAGUUUUUAAUAAUGAUUUAAGUUAUUCAGCGAUGUUUUAAUUUUUGAAAAUAUUAUUUAGUUAUUUUUUAUGUGUGAUUGAUUAAUUUUUAAAAAAAAAUUAGUAAUGUUUUUGUAAAUUGAUUUCUUGUGAUUUCAUCAAUUUAUAUAUUUUUAAAAAUGUUUUCUAUUUAUGAUUGUGUGUGAAUAAUAAAAAAUGAACAGUU